UCAGACUGAGAAAGACUCUGAUUGGCUGCAGCAAAUGUCGCUUUAACAUCGGCCAUGUCUGUUGUGGAAACUGCGGGUCAGAUGGAAGUCCGUGGGUUUGGAUCACGGGGUGGAUUCAUGUCACGCGCAAUGCUCCCAUCGAGGCGCUAAAUGAACUGACAAGACCUGUCAAACAAUACCGAGGCUUCGAUGUGAUCCGUUCCUGGCGCGAGGACCAGAGCAGAUCCUUCCAGAUGAUCUCGGGAAAGCAUUUCAAGGCUCACGAGGUGAGCUGCUGCAUCAAGUACUUCAUCUUCGGAUUCAACAUUAUAUUCUGGUUCCUCGGUGUGGCGUUCCUUGGCAUUGGAUUGUGGGCAUGGAGUGAAAAGGGUGUUCUCUCUAACAUCUCUUCCAUUACUGAUCUGGGGGGCUUCGACCCCGUCUGGCUCUUCCUCGUGGUGGGUGGUGUCAUGUUCAUCCUCGGUUUUGCCGGUUGUAUAGGAGCGUUACGGGAAAACUCAUUUCUGCUCAAGUUUUUCUCCGUCUUCUUGGGUAUCAUCUUCUUUCUGGAGCUGACUGCUGGAGUCCUUGCUUUUGUUUUCAAAGACUGGAUCAAGGAUCAGCUGAACUUUUUCAUCAACAACAACAUCCGAGCUUACAGAGACGACAUUGAUUUGCAAAACCUUAUUGACUUCACCCAGGAAUACUGGGAGUGCUGUGGGGCUUUCGGAGCUGAUGACUGGAAUUUGAACAUCUACUUUAACUGCACCGACUCAAAUCCAAGCCGUGAGAAAUGCGGAGUGCCGUUUUCCUGCUGCACCAAAGAUCCAGCGGAGGAUGUCAUCAACACUCAGUGUGGAUACGACAUCCGCGCAAAAACAGACUCGGAGCAGAGGACCUUCAUUUACAUAAAAGGCUGUGUUCCCCAGUUUGAGAAAUGGCUUCAGGACAACCUGACCGUGGUGGCAGGCAUCUUUAUUGGAAUUGCAUUACUACAGAUCUUCGGCAUAUGUUUGGCACAGAAUCUUGUGAGCGACAUUGAUGCUGUGAGAGAGAGUUGUUUAUACACCUAAGACCUUAACAAACCUUUGGUCAGCAAAGUGGAUGUAAUAAGAACUUUGUGCAGUCUGGAUGUCAGCAUUGAGAGACAAAAAGAAAAGUAAAUCAUAUGUAUAUAGAAAUUAAAUAAGAACUUAUAGAGAUUUUCCUGAAGAAGUGCAACCUCUGAACAUGAAGUGUAGCUCUGAUAUGUUAUAAUAUAAACAAAUGCAGUUCAAUUCGUCACAGUUCCACAGCUCUGAUGGUAGCAGCUGUGUGGAGGAAUGAAGGCGUUGUGCUGCGUUACACAUGAGUGUUAGCUUUAUAAGUCUUCACAGCUGCACUUUAAACAGCUGCAUGAAAGGAUUGUGUCCAAACGCAAAGAAAAUUCUGGAAAUGCACUGAACGCCUUUUGUGCACUGAUGAGACAUCGGUUCACUCAAAAGAAUUCCAUGAAGUGUUUUACAGGUUUUGUUUAAUGUAUUCGAGUGAACUGACUGAUAAGCACUUUGUUGGCUGCUUAAAUAUGCUUUCCCUAAAGCUAUGAAGCAUUCAGUUAAGAUUCAAUAACGCGUUUGUUUAUAAUGUAGAAUUUAAAGGGCGGUCUGUCAGAAACAAAAAAAAAUCAAAUACACUGAUGUUGCAUGUACAGAAAAUACCAACUUAAGCACUUUAAUCAAAAGCAGGAGAUAAACCUCACAGCGGUCAUUCAUCUUUGCUUAUUACUGGCUAUUUUACAUGGUCAGAAACAGUUUUGAAGGUGGCAUCUCCUAAAAAUUAUUUGAUUUCUAAAUAUUUAUCAUGUUUGACCAAAAGCAGCUCUGUAAAAAAAGGAAUCUGGUGCCAUGCCUUAUCGGUUAUAUCAGCAACUUUUGCAUCUGUACCUUUUAUUGGCUUUCAAAAUGCAAGUUGUUACUGGAUACAAGUGAUUUUCAGCAGCAUGUUGACUCCUCUUAAUGACACUGAAGUGAGUGUACAGUUAAUGUAAAGCCUUCUUACAUGCAGUACUUGAAAGCAGAGCACACCGGCUCUGCCACCAGCAGUUUUUGUUGAUGCAAACAUUGCCAUGAGACUGUAUCAUGAAGCUUCUUCCUUGUAUUUUUACCUUACCAGUCAGUGUAUUUUCUGGUUUCUCACACAGAUGGAUGGUAAAAUCUCAGCAGGUUUCACAGAUUUUCUCCUUAUGUUGAAUACUUUAGAAUUGUGAGCUCUACAAGGCAGAUUGUGUCAGAUGUUCUCUUUCUAUAGCAGAUUCACAUGAUUGUGUUGACUUACUACACUCUUUAUCUCCAUCUAGUGCCAAGUUUGUGAUUUCCUACAUAGUAUUAUAAGUCCUUCUUUUUGUAUUAUGUGCUUGUUAUUCCUGUAAAGAACUGGUUGGAGAUGUAAAUAUGCAGACUCUGAAUAAAUUUGGUGCUUUGUAUA